CAUCAUUCUUCGCUAGCUCGUUUGCAAAGUUCAUCUGCUCAGCAGCUGCUUGACGAUCUCAGAUCGAUGUUCACAGGUUCCUGCUCUUUCAACGAUCACUUCUGUAACCAUUCACAAAUGGCUGCUUCAUUUCUCACAGUAAGUUAGCACUGCAUGGAAUUGAGGAAGAGCUUUUCUAACGUGGGCGCAAAAAUUAGCUUCAGCAUUGGAAAAGCUUGAUGAAGAAGUAGUUGUGACAUUAUUGGUAGCAAGCAGCAGGAAAGCAAUUGCAUUCCUCUUGGUAUUGGGGUCGUCUUCCACAUGGCAUCCAAGCCAGAUGCAAAGAAACAUUCGCGAUCUUUUCAAGACAUUGUCUUUGGGUUUGGCCCUGAGCCUGGCACCCCACUCGGCCCGAUCCCUCAAAAAGCAGAGGCCCCGAGUGAUGGACAGGAAGAGGUGGUGGAGGAAUGCACCGUGACGCACCGCUAUGUGGACAAUGACGGCGCCAAGAUCCACUUUGUGGAGUGUGGCAAGCGAGGCGCACACCUGGUCUUGCUCAUACACGGGUUCCCCGAGUUCUGGUACAGCUGGCUGUACCAAUUCAAGCCCCUCUCAGACGCCGGUUAUCACGUCGUCGCCGUGGACUGUCGAGGCUAUGGCUGGUCCGCCAAGCCUGCAGCGGUGCGAGAGUACAGCAUGAGUAAAGUGACCAGCGAUCUUUUGAGGGUUGUGGACACGGUGGCGCCGGGGCGGAGGUGCACCAUAGUGGGUCACGACUGGGGCGGCCGCGUCUUGUGGGGCUUCCUGACGCUCCACGCGCAGCGCGUGCUCCAGGCGGUCGUCCUGAACGCGCCGCACCCUGUGACCAUGGCCAAAGCACUCAUGAGCAACCCGCGGCAAUUACAGAAGAGCUGGUACAUAGGUUUCUUCCAGAUGGCGCGCUUGGCUGAGCACCACUUGUCGAAGCAGAGGUUCGCUGCUAUACGCUCGAUGUUCAAAGGCGUGAGGAAGUAUCCAGAGGAGGUGGUACAAAGGCACGUCGACGCCAUGGCCAUCCCGGGCGCUCUCACCGGGGCCCUCAACUACUACCGGGCAGCCUUCGGGCAGGGGCUGUGGCCCGCCCCGCCCGUGGUCCGGGUUCCCGUGAAGGUCAUCUGGGGCGAGCAGGACUUUUCGAUGGAGAAGGACAUCGCGACACCGCCCGCGGAACUCGUGCCCAACGCUCAAGUCACGUUUGUGAAAAAGGCGAGCCAUUGGGUGAUGUGGGACGAUCCGGAGACUGUGAGCUCGGAGAUGGUUGCUUUUAUCAAGGAGGGUUUGCGGAAAGUCGCCGAGAAGGAGGACCAAGCACCUUCGUUUUCAAAAUUGUGAGUAUCAUUUUGUCCCUGCACUUUGAAAUCUAACCAAUAGAGCUCUCUGCUGCAUCUACUCUCAU